CUAGAGAUAUCAUUAUCUUAAAGACCUGCUCCAGUCCUACCUUUUCACCUUAUACUGUCACUGAAAAAGCAUGAAAAUCCUGACUUUGAACAGUGACGCCUGUCAAAAUAGUCUAUUUUAUAUAAAAUUCUAUAUAAAAUACCUGUGGUUUUGAUUGCUAAAGUGUGGCGCGUGGCCGUUAACUGUUACCUAUUGUAACAAUGGGUUGCAAACACACAAUAGAAUUUGAAUAGCCGCGGAGCAGGGCUUUAAAGUAUACCAUACAGUAAAAUCCUUAUCAAAUGACAAUGACCCACAAACACAGUUCUAGUUCAGCAAAGUUAUAUUCCUUCAAAAAUAAUGAUGUUUAAAAACAAGCAUUUUACCUGUCUAACAUUUAUCUACGUUUGUUCAUUAUUUGGAGGAAUUUCAGGUUUUUAUGAAAAUGAAACGAAGAAGGAACUAUUGAAAGAUGUUACAAAUAUCAGAGCAAGAUUUCUUGUUUUUGUUAGUGCACAGCUGAAUAACUGCAACGCCACUGCAGCCUCACCAUAUCUAAAACCUGGGCAAAAUUUCUCCACAGCUCCUGUACUGAAUGUUAGUACAUGUGACCAGGGUCCACUCAUGUAUAAAAUACAGGCAAACACAAAGAGCAACAUAAUGACUGUAACAGUUACAUUUGGAACCAGUCUAUAUUUUGGACCACCACCAAGCUGCAGCUUCCACUGGAAGGGAGGCUAUCAGAAUCCAACAGCAAAACAUAUGGAGUUGUCCCCCUUGCCUGGAUGCCAUGUUCAAGUCACAGACAAGGAAAGCAACAAAACAUACUUAAUUUUUCAACUGCUUAUGUGGCAAUGGUUUUAAUAACCAGCAACAAUAGUUAAUUAGGAGAGGAAGCAAGAGCAUCUCCUAAAAAUGUUCAAAUUCUCAAAGCAGAUACUAGAGCUGUUUUCAUAAUGAUUCAGAAUAAAAAUUAAGAACUAUAAUUAUGAACAUGUUACAACUUCAACAUCCUGAAAUAGAAUGUAUUAGCAAGAAGCAAGGAAAAAAGCAGGCAAACUGAUUAGUUUGGGUUAAAAGAACAGAAACAUUUCUUUACUGUCUUUAAAACAAGAGGACCAUGAUGGUCCUGAAUCGCUCACCUCUUCCCACAUGACCCAGUUUUGAGUAUGACGUCAUUUUCUCUAUUAUUUGACAUAGUGACCUAGUUCUUGAGCUCAUGUGACCCAGUUUUGAACUUGACCUAGAUAUU